AUGGCUUAUCACUUUGAUGGCCGGCAAUCGGUUGUGAUAAGGCCUCGAAUAGAAUGGCACCUGAAACCAAUAUCAACUAGUCAUCAUGAACGACCGGCCAAGAUGAGACCUCACCGAGAAAACCCCCAAGAACUAAGGUGCUAUCCAGACAUUGCCGAUUAUAAAGUUGUAUUGUAUUCUGCUU